AUGUCGAGUAUUGCUGGAAAACGACGUGUUCGUACCAUAACAGUCACUGCUAUUAAAAAUAUAUUUGAAAGGGCCAAUGAGUGUAUGACUAAUUUUAGCCAGGAUAGUAACUCUUUUGAGGAACUACCUAGUUUUAAAGAAGUUUUGAUCAAAAAAUACAAUAAAGUUAAAGCAAUUGAUGAUGAUUUGAUCAAUUUAAUUGAAGAUGAUGAGGACUUGUUAAACGAUGAAAAUUUAGCUAAUGAUAUUAACGAGUCGCAAUCUUGCAGUUUAAAAAGUUUUUCAAAUAAUAACAUUAAACUUCCACCUUUAAAAUUAAGUACAUUUAGUGGAAAGCCAGAGGAAUGGCAGACAUUUUAUGAAAAUUUUGAAUGUGCCAUCCAUAAUAAUAACGAUCUUUCCCCAAUACAAAAACUUAACUAUCUAAGAAAUUUACUUGACGGAAAAGCUUUAAAAACAAUUUCAGGCUUAGCAUUAACAAAUGACAACUAUCAUACAUCAUUGGAAUUACUUAAGGAAAUAUUUAAUGAUAAACAACUGUUAAUUUCGACACAUAUGAAGUCACUUCUAUCUCUAGAGAGAGUGCAAAGUAUUAACAACAUUUAUUUAUUAAGACGUAUUCAUGACAAUAUCGAAGCUCAAAUUAGAAGUUUAGAAAACUUAGGUAUAGAUUCAACUAUGUAUGGACCUUUAUUGAUUCCUAUUAUAAUGCAAAAAAUUCCAGAGGAGUUAAAUUUGAUUAUUGCUAGAAACUUCGAUUCCUGUGAUUAUUGGGAUAUAAAAUAUGUUUUAAAAUCUUUAAAAGCUGAAUUGCAAGCUAGGGAAAAAGCUCACUCAGGUAGAAAGUGUAAUUUUGAUCCUUCAACAGCAGAAGUAUUACAUUCUAGUGCUUCCUUUAAGCCACAAUAUGAAUUAAAAUGCAUUUUUUGUAGUAAAAGUCAUAAAAGUGAAAGUUGUAAAACUGUAAUAAAUAUAAGUUCAAGGAGAAGUAUUUUAAGAGAUAAAAGGCGUUGCUUUAAUUGCCUGAAAUCAGGUCAAAUGUCUAAAGAUUGUCGUUCCAGAAUAAGCUGUUAUGAGUGCUCAGGGAAGCAUCAUGUUUCUAUGUGUUUUAAAAAGUUUCUUUUGCAUACUGAUGAUAGUAAAGAAUCAAACAAUAAGUUAACGUCUGUUGCUACUACAGAAGCAUUGAAAUCUAAGAAUGUAUUGUUACAAACUGCUAUGGUUACAGUAAAAAAUAAAGAUAAGAAACUAAGAUGUCGCCUUUUAUUUGACAGUUGUUUUCAGCUAAGUUAUAUUUCCCCAUCAUUACGAAAGAAGCUCUUUCUGCCUACAUUAGGUAGAAAGCAAUUAAAUAUUAAAACUUUUGGCAAUCAGAGCCACACCCAGACCUUAGAGAUGGUUAAACUUUCUAUACUGACUUUGAAGAAUUCUUUAAUACCUAUAACUUGUUUUGUUAAGCCCAUAUGUGCUCCUCUUACUGGUCAGUAUAUAGAGGAGUCUGUCGAUUCCUUUGAACAUUUAAAAGGAAUCAGUUUAGCUGAUAUUAAUGUAGGUUGCAAAUCAUUAGAGGUAGAUGUACUUAUUGGAGCGGAUUAUUAUUGGUCAUUUUUUAAUGGCAAGGUAAUUCGCGCCAAUACAGGUCCUGUUACUUUACAAUCAUCAGUUGGUUAUAUAUUAAGCGGAAAUGUAAAUGCAUCAUCUGGAAAAGAUUGCUGUGUCUUUUCCACACAUACUUUAAAAGUUGAGACGGAAUUCAUUAAUGAAAUUCCCCAAUUUAAUGACAAUAUUAAAAAGUUUUGGGAAUUAGAAAAUUCAGGAGUAUAUACAGUUAAAUUACCAUUUAAAAAUAACCAUGCAUUAUUGAGCGAUUACUAUAGUUUAUGUAUAAAACGUCUGAAUGUAAUUCUUAAUAAAUUAAAAAAUGAUUCUGAGCUAUUAAUUGCAUACAAUAAGAUAAUUAUAGAGCAAUUAAAAUCAGGGGUAAUAGAGAAGGUAAAUAAUUAUUAUUUGAGUAUUGGUGAGGUGCAUUACUUGCCACAUUGCCCAGUAUGUCGUAAAGAUAAAACUACAACAAAAGUGAGAAUUGUUUUUGACGCAAGCUCCACUCUAUCAGGUCCAUCAUUAAAUGAUUGUAUAAAUGCUAGACCAAGUUUAGCUACAACUCUAUUUUAUAUAAUAUUACGUUUUCGUGCUAAUAAAUAUGCUUUUAUUGCAGACAUAGAGAAAGCAUUUUUGCAGAUUGCCCUUGAUAAAAAUGAUAGAAAUUAUUUGCGUCUAAUAUGGUUUGAUGAUAUUUAUAAUAUUAAUAAUAGUAAUUUGUUUUCAUCUGCAUUGGCUACUUAUCGUAUAUGUAGAGUGCCUUUUGGUGUUACUUCAUCUCCAUUUCUCCUCAAUGCCACAUUAAUAUAUCAUGCUGAGAGAUAUUGCCUUAAUGAUAAUAAUAUUUCCUCAAAGUUGUUGCAAUCCUUGCAUAUAGACGAUUUGAUUUCUAGUUGUGUUACCAUUUAA